CUUAGUGCAAGGCAAGUUGCAUCAGAUUCCUUCACUAUCUGGAGCACUAAACCAGUCCACUGAUGUAGAGCAACAAACCCCCUUUACCUCUGAAGACUACAAGGCAGCAAGAAGAGAUUCUCCCAGAAAAAGUGUUUAAGCGGUAACUGGGUAUCUUGUUAGCAGAACAGAAAUGAAUAACUCAACGUACAUAAACUCUUCCACGGAAAAUGUGAUGGCUUUGGAGAGCCCCUAUAAAACUGUUGAGGUGGUCUUCAUCGUCCUGGUAGCAGGGUCUCUCAGUCUGGUCACCAUAAUUGGGAACAUCCUGGUCAUGGUGUCUAUCAAAGUCAACAGGCACCUCCAGACUGUGAACAACUAUUUCCUGUUCAGCUUGGCCUGCGCUGACUUGAUCAUCGGCAUCUUUUCAAUGAACCUGUACACCCUCUACACUGUGAUAGGCUACUGGCCCUUGGGGCCUGUGGUGUGUGACCUCUGGCUGGCUCUCGACUAUGUGGUCAGCAAUGCCUCUGUAAUGAACCUCCUCAUUAUCAGCUUUGACAGAUACUUUUGUGUCACCAAGCCUCUGACAUAUCCUGUGAAGCGGACCACUAAGAUGGCAGGAAUGAUGAUUGCAGCUGCCUGGGUCCUGUCCUUCAUCCUGUGGGCCCCUGCAAUUCUCUUCUGGCAAUUCAUCGUGGGAGGAAGGACUGUCCCAGAUGGGGACUGCUACAUUCAGUUUUUUUCCAACCCUGCUGUCACUUUUGGCACUGCCAUUGCAGCCUUCUAUUUGCCUGUUAUCAUCAUGACUGUCCUUUACUGGCAAAUCUCUCGAGCCAGUAAGAGUAGAAUAAAGAAGGGGAAAAAGGAAGCUGCCCAAAACCAAGAUACAGUUUCCCCCAGCCUUGUCCAAGGUAAAAUAGUGAAACCAAACAAUAACAACAUCCCGACCAGUGGAGAUGGGUUGGAGCACAGCAAAAUUCAAAAUGGAAAAACCAGUGAGGAGACUGUGACUGAUAACUGUGUUCAAGCGGAGAAAGAGAGCUCCAACGAGUCCACCUCUGUCAGUGUGGUUGCUUCCAACUUGAAAGAGGACGAAGCUACCAAAGAUGCCAGACAGGCUUCUGCCUCCCAAGACCAUCUUAAAGUGGAGAACUCCAAGCUGACGUGCAUCAGGAUAGUCACAAAGUCCCAAAAGCGAGACUGCUGCGCCCCUACCAACACCACCGUGGAGAUCGUAGGUACGAAUGAGGAGGAGAAGCAGAACAGUGUAGCCCGUAAAAUAGUCAAGAUGACAAAGCAGCCAGCCAAAAAGAAACCACCCCCCUCUAGAGAGAAAAAAGUGACCAGGACUAUUUUAGCCAUCCUUCUGGCCUUCAUCAUCACCUGGACCCCAUACAAUGUGAUGGUGCUCAUCAACAGCUUCUGCACAUCCUGCAUCCCUAACACUGUAUGGACCAUAGGCUACUGGCUCUGUUAUAUCAACAGCACCAUCAACCCUGCUUGUUACGCUCUCUGCAAUGCUACCUUCAAGAAGACCUUUAAGCACCUCCUUAUGUGUCAUUACAAAAAUAUAGGAGCUACAAGGUUUCGCUUCCCUUCUGAGUGAGAGUUCUGCGAGAUCUAGAUGUUGGUCUUGAAGAGCAGCUCUUCCUGGGUAACCCCUCCAGCUUCCCUGGCUGUCACCUUGCACACCACUGGCCCCAGGUGCCCUGCUUCAGGAACUGCCACAUCUUCACCUUGGGUUUGGCCAGAACAUUUCAGUGGUACAUCCACACCAUGUGCUGCACUGGCUACUUUUGUUUCACAUAGAAAUUGAGUAAACUGUGCCCUUGUUUCAAGAGAAAAAAACAACCAACUAAACAAACAAAAAACCUGCCACAAAAAGACAACCACCAACAAAAAACUUGCAGUUAGUGCUUCUUGCCCCUUCUUUUUUUUCCUCUACUAUUUCCAGAAAGAGGCCAAGACUGAAAAGUUCCAAUCAACCUCUGACAUUAGCCCUGCUGCAGCAGGAUCUGUCUCAUUGGCAACACAAGGGUAAUCUCUUGUACUGUCACAGGCCAGCCCUACCUUCACUCUCCAGAAGGAGAACAGCAGCCUGAAGAUGUCAGUCCAGUGGAAAAGAAGGAAAGAAAGGAAAGAAAAGAAAGGAAAGAAAAGAAAGGAAAGAAA